AUGAAAGUGUUUGUUGGUGCUUUUGUGUUGGUCGGAUGUGUUCUGGCGCACGGAUCGGCUCUUUCGGCGCAGGGUGCUAAGGAUUGUGCCGGAACCGACGGUGGACUUUCGUGUCACGGAGCAAAGAUUGUGCGUAACCUUGUGCAGCGGCUGGCACGUUCGGGAAAAGCGGACGAUGCGCUUAAACUUUUCCCGGGAGUGGAAAUUGUGGCCAACGAAGAUCCGGAAGAACGUGAACGCUCGCUGAACGAAGUGACGGACGAUGAUCGUAGCAUGUUCGGGCGCUUUGCCCGGUACCUUCAGAACCACGAGAUGAAAAUCAACUUCGGACAGUUGGUGCAGCGCAGCGACAUUCAGGAAGCGAUCCGGACAGCUUUCGGUGCGAUGGACCAGGAGGUGAUUGCUGACGUUGCAGAGGCCCGUAAGAAGGAUAAGGGUGGUUUGGGAGCGAUCAUGAUGAUGGGUCUGAUGAUGGGCAAGCUGCUGGCGGCUCUCGGAUUCGGAGGUGUUGGUCUGCUGGCAUUGAAAGCACUCGGCGUGUCGAUGGUGGCGCUGCUCCUAUCGGCCAUCCUGGGACUGAAGAAGCUUACCGAGCACGGUGACCAUAAGGGACGGCACAACGAUGAACAUUUUGAGGUGCAUUCGGAGAACCAGCACGGACACGAAGGUGGUGCUCGAAAGCGACGCUCUGUUGAGACGGAAGCCUUCGCCAACCAGAUGGCUUACAAUGGCUGGGCACCGCUUGUUCAGUGA